AUGGCUAGGCCUAGAGCCAGGAGACGCAUCAUUUCUGAAGAUAAAGCUGAAAUUUCUUCUGCCUGUGCCUCCUCUCUUACCGAACUUGUUACUGUUGUUUCUGAUGAUGAAACCAUUCCAAGGGACACCAUUGAAUCCACUCACCGUCUCUUCGUUGACGGUUUCGAAAGUGGUGAACUAGGUCCGGUUUUAGAUGAAGUUCCUCUUUCCUCCUCCAUUCCCAUUCCUUCUAUUCCUCCUUUGGUUUCAAGUGCUUCCUUGCCUAUUUUAUCUGUUCCUACUCCUUUGCCAAUUUCUGCUCCCUUACCUGUUUCGACUCCUUCGACUCCUGUUAUUUUCACCUCUUCUACCAUUCCUCCUUUUAUAGCUCCCCCUUCCUCUGUUCAGCAUGCAGAGAAGGGUUCCAGUAGCAGAAGUUUGGCUAUGAGGAGUAUCACACUUGAGGUUCCUGCUAAUAACAGUCUUUUAAGGAAGUCUGGUGGAGUAGAUGUCUGGCUCGAGCCUUUAAUUGGAGACAUUGAGAAGAAGAAGAUGAACAGUCAUAGUUGCUUAACUUUGAUGAAUGACAUAGUUCAUUCUACGUUAAAGGCUAACCUUAUUGGCACGGAAUUGAUGGGAAGAAUUUCCCUUUUAGAAAAGAAGGCCCGUGAGUCUGAUAAGACUGUUCUCGAGGCUGAGAGGCAAAGGCGGACUCUGACUUCUGAAUUAGCGGGAGCCAAGGCUUCUUCUAGUAAAGCUGAGAAGGAUAAGGAGCGCUUUGAAUGUUCAUUUUCAGAACAAUUAUCAAAGUCAAGUGAAGAAAUCAGAGAACUUAAGGCACUUUUGGCCAAGAAAGAAGAGUAUGCAGAGGAGUUAGUGCAAAAGUUGACUCAAGUUCAAGCUGAUUUAAAUAUCUCUUCUGAUAAGGUACGUGCCUUAGAGAGUUCUCAUGCCUCCCUUGAAGCUUCCCUUGAUUCCUCUUUAGCUGAAAAUCAAGUGUUAAAGAAUGAUCUUGCUAUGUGGGAAAAAGAGUAUGAACUUCUUGAGGAGAAUUUUAACAUAGAGUCAAGAAAACUUGAUUUAAAGUCGGAAUUGGCCAAAGUUUUGAAAACCAUUGAGAUGACCCAACAACCACUUGACUUUCCUUCUCCGGCAAAUGAAGCUCCCGUGGCUGAAGAACCUUUAAAUGAAGAAGCCGUUGUUUCGUUUGUGGAAGCCGAAACUUCCGUGACUCUAGCUCCCCUCGAUGAACUUAGCACUUCAAUCCCAGCUGGAACCGCUCCUGUUGCUGCUUCUUCAGAAGUUACCACCGUACCUAUAGCUGUUCAUGAAAGUGAAGCUAAUAUAACAACUUCUGGCAUUCCAGCCCCUCAGUGA